GAGGCCGCUCGAUUGGCCGGGCCUGUCCCCUCCCCCGCGCGGUGCCUGCCGGGCGCUGGGGAAGAUGGCGGCCCCCGUUGCCAACUCGGGCCCCGGCCCGGCUCCCGCGGCCGGCUCCGGCGUGGGGCGGCUGCAGGAGGAGGCGCUGCGGCGGAGGGAGCGGCUCAAGGCCUUGCGGAGCCGGACGGGGGCGCACAAGAAUAAGGACAAUGGUGAACCUGAGAAUAAGCAGUUUAGAGAAGACGACGAAGAGGAUGCCACCAAACACAAGGAGCUCAAGCUGCGAAAUUAUGUUCCUGAGGAUGAAGAUCUCAAGAAAAGGAAGGUGCCUCAGGCCAAGCCAGCCUCAGUGGAAGAUAAGGUGAAAGACCAACUAGAAGCCGCGAAGCCAGAGCCUAUCAUUGAAGAAGUGGAUUUGGCAAACCUCGCCCCCAGAAAGCCAGACUGGGAUUUAAAGCGAGACGUAGCCAAGAAACUGGAAAAACUGGAGAAGAGAACGCAGAGGGCAAUUGCUGAAUUGAUAAGAGAGCGAUUGAGAGGCCAAGAGGAAGAACUGGCAUCAGCUGUUGGAUCGGCGAAGCAGGAAGGAAGUGAUUCUGAUUAAGGAGUACAGCUGAGCACAUGGCAGAACUGUGUAACAUACAAGAGGGGCUGGUGAGCUGUCGUCACUUAAACAGAUGGGGGGUGGAGCCUCCCGUUGCAUGGAGGCUUUGCGGAGGGCAAGAAGAAACCAAUGACUGUACAAAAGAAUCCCGAAAUGGCUGUGCAGCUGGAGAGCUUUCUGCAUGGUCACUAAAAAUGGCCUCGCCUGCAUUCUAGCAGACAGAUUCACGCACGAUUCAUAUUGUUCCCUUUUACUUUCUGAUCCCCCCACAUACAGGAGCUUGUGGAGCACGUGCUGUAUCGGUGGGUUUUGUUACAGAUAAAACUGGGCUGCAACAAGUAUUUUUUUCAUAAUAAAAUGACCCGGCGACGGUGCAAAAUGUC